AUGUUACUCCUCGGUUUGACAGGCUCUAUUGCAACUGGGAAAUCCACCGUCUCCGCACUCCUCUCCAAACCGCCUUACUCACUCCCCAUCAUUGACGCGGACCUUAUCGCACGGCAAGUCGUCGAGCCCGGUACCGCAGGCUACAAUGCCAUAGUCAAGCACUUUCUCCCUUCGACGCCAGACUUGCUGCUUCCCGAUGCCACUUCCAAAGGCCGACCGCUUAACCGUCCUGCGCUUGGUCGUCGCGUCUUUGGUUCCGGCACAGAGCGCGAGCGAGACCGCAAGAUUCUGAAUGGCAUCGUUCACCCUGCUGUCAGACGAGAAAUGUACAAACAGAUGGUAUGGGCGUACUUGAAGGGAAGCUGGGCCGUGGUACUGGACGUCCCGCUCCUCUUUGAAAGUGGAUGGGAGAGAUACUGUGGGACCAUAAUGGUAGUUGGGGUUACGGAUCCGAAGAUCCAAAUCCAGAGAUUGAGAGCGCGAGAUGCGCAUUUGACCGAAGAGGAUGCGCAGAACAGGGUGCGGAGUCAAGGCGACGUGAGGGAAAAGGCAGAGAGGUGCCUAAGAAGGGGUGAAGGAAGAGGUGUAGUGGUUUGGAAUGAUGCAGGCAAGGAGGAGCUCGAGAAGCAGAUUGCGGGAACGAUGCAUAAGAUCAGAGGAGCGAGUCCAGCGUGGUGGAGUCUUCUGCUGUGGAUCUGUCCGCCAGUUGCCGCGUUGGCGGCGAGUGUCAGUUGGUGGAGGAUGAGAAAAGUGCAACUGGUAUGGGAAGAGGAGAAACGAAAAGAGAAAGCAAAGUUGUAG